AUGAACGGAACAUCCAACAGGCUCCAUGUCGAAGCCUAUUUGCCCAAGAACACCGGGCUGUUCUACUACGGGUCUUUCAAAAGCCCUAUCGAUGGAGAGUACAAAGACGUCGUCAGCCCAGGCACAGGCAAGUCCAUCACCAAGGUCGCUUUCGCUGGUGUAAAGGACACGGUGGCCGCCCUAGAGGCCGCGGACAGGGCUUUUCCUGCGUGGAGCGCCACUCCGUCAAUUGAAAGGUCGAAGCUUCUCCGCAAGGCGGGCCAAGUGAUCCGUGACCAUGCUGAUGAAUUGGCCGCACUUGAUGCCUGGAACGUUGGCAAUCCAGUGGCAAUCAUGCGCCAGGACGUGGAAUAUACCGCCGACAAUUUUGAUCUGUUCGCCGGACUCUUACCCGCCGUGACGGGCGACACACAUCAUCUCUCGGAGGAGACAUUCAACUACACGAUUCGAGAACCGCUGGGAGUGAUAGCGCGAAUCGUGGCGUACAACCAUCCGGUCAUGAUGCUUGGGAUGAAGCUUGCCAGUGCGAUCGUGGUGGGAAACACCGUGGUCCUGAAGGUGGCCGAACAAGCCCCAAUCUCGGCGCUCCGUAUAAUGGAACUCAUCGGACACCUCUUCCCUCCCGGAGUCGUCAAUGUACUGGCAGGUGGGAAAGAGUGUGGUGCAACCCUGUCGAGUCAUCCAAUCGUCCGGAAGAUUACUCUGGUCGGUAGCGUACCUAUCGGUCGCCUGAUCCAGCGCGCUGGUGCGGACACUCUAAAACUGACCACUUUCGAACUGGGCGGGAAAAAUGCUCUUCUUGCGUACCCGGAUGCGGAUGUCCCGCAGCUCGUCGAGGGCAUUGUCCGUGGUAUGAACUUUGCUUGGUGCGGCCAGUCAUGUUCAUCGACUUCACGCAUCUUCCUGCACGAAUCCUUAUAUGACAAGGUCCUCCAACUGGUUGUAGACACGGUCCGGACAAGUUAUCAGCCCGGCGAUCCGCUCAACCCCGAGACGUCGAUGGGAGCUCUCGUGGAUCGAAACGCUCUCAAUCGCGUCCAAAAGUACAUCGAGAUCGGUAAGAGCGAGGGAGCAACCUUGGUCCUAGGCGGAGUCGCUCCUGACACGCCCCGUGAUGGCUUCUACAUGAUGCCUACAAUCUUUGGGGAUGCCCGAUACGAUAUGCGCAUUGCGCAGGAGGAGAUUUUCGGGCCGGUCAUGUUGUACACUUCCAACAUUGUGACGGCGCAGAAAGCGGUCAGGAAGAUGCAAGCUGGGUAUGUCUGGGUGAAUACGGUCAGCACCCACUUCCUGGGCAUACCAUUUGGGGGCUACAAGCAGUCAGGCAUGGGCAGGGAGCAUGGCCUCGACGAGCUUUUCGAGUUGACUCAAUGUAAGGCUGUGCACGUAAAACUCUCAUGA